GUGUCGUCCACAGUUGCAAGUGGCGAGGAACCAAGAGCCACGGCGAUGUUGAAGGAAGAAGACCCGCUCAUCGAGCUCAUCCGCGAAUGGAUCAUGGCGCCGAUCGACGAGUCGGCGGGCCUCCAGCUCACCAUCAUGGAGGUCUUUGCCCUCGUCGAAGAGAUGAUCAACGAGCACGUUCUCGCACCGCUCGGUAGCCGCCUCCGCAAGUACAUCCCCAAGGUCCGGCGCAUCUUUGCGCCCAUGAAGCUCAUGGACGCGGUCCACAUGUACGACGAGUCAACGCACUUCUCCAAGCGCAAGCGCGUCGCACCGACGUUCAAGGAGGUCCGCCACAUUCUCAACCUGGCGACCAUCCAUUCGAUCGCGCCGACGCUCAAGAUGGUGACGUUCGACGCCGACGAUACCAUCUACGAAGACGGCGGGACCAUCAGCGCCUCGUCCGAGAUGGUCCAGGUCAUCGUCGGCCUCUUGCAAAAGGGCCUUGUGGUCUCACUCGUCACGGCGGCCGGGUACCCGAACGAGCCCGCGCGGUACGAAGCGCGUCUGCACGGCAUCCUCGAAGUGCUCGCCGGCCUCACGCCCGCCGAGCGCUCGCGCUUCCUCGUCAUGGGCGGCGAGUGCAACUACCUCCAUGUGACCGAGACCUGCGCGACGACCGGCAAGGUGUCGCUGCGCGUCGUGCCCGGCCGGGAAUGGAAGGACGGUCGUGGCGAGCGCUGGGACCAAGCCGAAGUCGACCAGCUCCUCGACGUCGCCGAGUCCGUGCUGACCGAGAUGGUCGAUACGUUCCAACUCACGGCGGCGGUCCUUCGCAAGGAGCGGGCGAUUGGCAUCUACAACACGUCGGCGACCAAGCGGCUCUGCUACGAGACGCUCGAAGAGGUUGCGCUCACCGUGCAGCACGCGCUCAAGGACCACUCGAUUCCGCACUGCGCGUUCAACGGCGGCAACGACGUCUUCGUUGACAUUGGCAACAAGGCGCUCGGUAUCUCGGCGCUGCAGACGUUCACUUCGCUGGCGGGCCACGAAUGCCUCCACGUGGGCGAUCGCUUUACGCGCACAGGCAACGACACGCGCUCGCGCGACGUGGCGUCGACCGUGUGGGUCUCCAACCCCGAAGAGACGGGCUACAUCAUGAAGACGCUGCUGCUGGCGCUGCCGUAG